GGGGAAAAAGCAAGGUGUUAAAAAAUCAGACUUGAUAAAGAAAUUCCAAACUACCACAUUGAAGUUUUGGUGCUAGAGGAAUCACUCAGGUUAAACAUUGUAUCUUAAACAAUUUGCCUCGCUGAUAAGCACUUAAGAGUAUUUAAGGGGGUGCUGAUUAGUUGAAAUAAACACAUUUUAAAAAAUCAUUUUUGCUAGAGAACACCCUUUGAAUUCCUGGGGGGAAAAUGUAUAUAUACAUUUUCAGUUCCCUGGUAGGUAUUUAUAAGGGCCUUAUCAUGUAUAACUUAUUAGGCAUAUGUUUUACAGGAAGGGGAAUUAACCACUGGAAGGCCCUAUCUAAGGCUGCAUUUGAGUCUUUGUCACUUCAGAUUUCUAAUAAACCAGGAUUGGAUUUUCUUUCUCAAGUGUAUGCGCCAGUCUAGCUCAACCAGAAGUUGUGGUUUGAUGCAGAAACCGCUUGGUGAAAUUCUGUGGCCUGUGUUGUUCAGGGGGCCAGACUAAAUGAUUGCAUGGGUCUCUUUGACCUGAAAUUCAUAACAUUUGUUUCUCCUUUGUACUUAGUGAGUCUCAACUUUUUGAGACAGCUGUGCGCCUGUCAAGAGUCUGAUUUGUCUGAGUACGCCAGGUUUCACCUCGCUUAAAAACACCUGCUCGUUUACAGAUUGACAUAAAAAUACAAAAGGGCCACAGCUCACUAGUACUGAAAAAUUGAUUGCGUGUUCAUUUUUGCCAAAUAAUUAUAAAAUCAAUUUGAAUAAAUAGUGGUCUGUACAUUGCAGUGUAUCGUAUAUAGAGCAGUCUGAACAACUCAUUGUAAGACCUGUUAGAUUGUAAUGGCUUCGCUAGAACUUCUCAUGUAGCCUGUUAUAAAACUAAGCAAAUAACUCGAUGAGUUGGUGUACCCCCAGGAAUGUUUCCCUGAUUGAGAGCCAUUGCUCUACAGGGUAACGAUGAAACCAUCUAAACACAAAGGGCUGGUCAAUCCACAGAGUAAAUACCCUGGACAAAUACUUUUCCUGUCACUUCUUUUUGGCUGUGUCUACACUUAAAAUGCUCCAGCAGCACAACUGCCGGGCUGCGAGGGAAGUGCUUCAGUGUAAAUGCUCGCUAACCAUUUCACACAGUUCUAAGUGCUCCGCUAGCCUUUCGUUUUGGGCCCAGUCUACCUGGCGUGCCUCUUCGCUAUAGAACCAGAGCUCUGCUCAGCUACCAAGUGCAUCUUGGUAAAGAGUGAGAGUCUCCAAGCAUCUUGUGGACACUAAAGAAAUAAUAAAUAACGGUUGUGCAGAAUGCCGGUUGAGAAAUAAAAUGAAUUUCUCCCCAGCUGACUUGUGGUUUUAAUAAUUAUUUUUCAGUUUCCUGAAUCUGCUGUUUGCUCGCAGUAAACACAUUUCUAGUCCUCUGCAAAAGAGGAAGCUUCCGUCCUCAACUUUCAGUCGUUUGAACAUCGUCUGUUUUAGGCCCUGUCCCCGCUAAGAAUGGGGCCACAUUACCUAACUCUGUGAUUCAUUGAGAUCAGCUGUACAAAAGCUGCCUUUGGUGAGGUGAAUGUUCCUUUGUGCUUUUUAUUUCCGGUGUAGUCUUCAUACGUGAGCUCCAGCCAUGCAAUGUGAUCCAUAUGGGUAAGAAGGAUGGUUAGGUCAGUGGUUGGGGGGGGGGGGCAGUUUAGGAAUUGAGAAACAUGGGACCUGCUUCACCACAGACUUCCCUGCAAGCUUGGGUAAGCUUAUCUGUGCCUCGGUUUCCCAUUUGUAAAGUGGGACAAUACUUUCCUACCUCACAGAAGUGUUGUGAGAAUAAAUACAGGAAAGAUUGUGAGGUACUUGGAUACUACAGUAAUGCAAUAAGUCCCAUAGAUAGCUGGACCUUCUACAUUUGCAUAGUCUUCAUAUCCGCCCAGGAGACUUCCUGUGUAGACCAGAUUGGACUCUGCCACCUGUAGUCCUGAGUAUUUAUUUGCAUAGGCUCUUUCUACUGAGAAGGAAGUUGUAGAUAGAAAGGAAAAUUCCCUGAUGGCAGAACCUCAAUGAAAGGGGUUAAUUAUCAUUAGGGGGGAAAAAACCCAACGUGCUCUUCCCUUUAUAUCUCUUGUAGAGUGUUGAAGAUAAUGGCAGAGUUUCAAACAAUUAAGUCUUGUGACAAGUGAAGGAAUCGCCUCUCAGAAAACCUACCAAUCGUGCUGGUGUGAAUGUUCCAGCUGGCUUCUAACAGGCGUUACUACUGGCUGGAAAUGGGUUCUCAUUGGCUGGCGCGAUUGACCAAGAGGACAGCAUGGCCGCCACUGCAGCAGUCAGUCCUAGUGAAUACCUGCAGCCUGCUGCCUCCGCCGCGCAGGACACCCAGCCAUCUCCACUAGCCCUGCUCGCCGCCACAUGUAGCAAAAUCGGCCCGCCCGCGGUGGAAGCUGCAGUCACUCCUCCUGCCCCGCCUCAGCCCACGCCGCGCAAGCUGGUCCCCAUCAAACCCGCGCCAGUCCCCCUGGGCUCCAGUAAGAACAGCUUUGGGAUCUUGUCCUCGAAAGGGAACCUCUUCCAGAUCCAGGGCUCUCAGCUGGGGACGUCGUAUCCGGGGGGGCAGCUGGUGUUCGCCAUCCAGAACCCCACCGUGAUCAACAAAGGGGCCCGCUCGUCCACCAACAUCCAGUACCAGACCGCGGGGGGCCAGGCCAUCCAGGUCCAACAGAACCUUGCCAACCAGAUCCAGAUUAUUCCCGGCACCAACCAAGCCAUCAUCACCCCCUCCUCUUCCGCGCACAAGCCUGUGCCAAUCAAGCCGGCCCCGGCGCACAAGGCCGGGCCGGCGUCCGUGCAGGGCGCAAGCAACGUCGUCAAGCUGAGCGGCGGCAGCAACCUGACGCUCACCCUGCCUGUGAACAACCUGGUGAACGCCACCGCCGACCCCGGCGCUCCAGCCCCUGGUGGGACCGAGAGCCCAGCCAAGCCCUGUAAGAAGAGCAGGAAGAAAGCCCUGUCGCCGGCCCAGACGACGGCCAUGGCGGUGGCUGAGCAGGUGGAAACGGUGCUGAUUGAGACGACGGCCGAGAACAUCAUCCAGGCAGGAAAUAACUUGCUGAUCGUGCAGAGUCCGGGCUCGGGCCAGCCGGCCGUGGUGCAGCAGGUCCAAGUGGUGCAACCCAAGCAAGAGCAGCAGGUGGUCCAGAUCCCCCAGCAGGCCUUGCGAGUGGUCCAGGCGGCCUCAGCCACGCUGCCCACCGUCCCCCAGAAGUCCUCCCAGAACUUUCAGAUCCAGGCAGCUGAGCCGACGCCUACGCAGGUCUACUUCAAAACCCCGUCCGGGGAGCUCCAGACCGUGCUGCUCCAGGAAGCCCCGGCUGUGACCGUGGCCCCUUCGACCACCUCCUGCAGCAGCCCUGUGUCCGGCAGCCCCCAAGCCGGGGGAAGGGGCAAAAAGCCCACCCCCCGCAAAGAGCGCACCCUGCCAAAGAUCGCCCCGGCCGGGGGCAUCAUCAGCUUGAACGCGGCUCAGCUGGCGGCCGCGGCCCAGGCCAUGCAGACGAUCAACAUCAACGGGGUCCAAGUGCAAGGAGUGCCUGUCACCAUCACCAACACGGGAGGUGGGUGGGCCCCGCUCCAGGCUGGGGGCAGGGCGGUGAAGCAGGCCGACCGGGGCCGAGCGCCCUCUGAUCAAACGGCGGGCACCUUCGCUGGCAGCAUCGAUUGCAAAUUGGAGCCCGUCUGUGAUAAGCGGUUUGAAUGCGCUCAGUGCCAAAAGCGCUUCAUGAGAAGCGACCACCUGACGAAGCACUAUAAAACCCACCUGGUCACCAAGAACUUGUAG